AUGAUGUCCACCAAAACUGCAACACUCAAUGGACCUGGGCUUGUCUACGUUCAAUUUCCCGUGUCCCCCGAUCUAGCCCAUUCAGCCUACGAUAAGAGAGAAAAUGACAAGAUUGCUUCGUAUUUGCUUGAAAAGGGGCUACUGUCACAUGCAUCACAAUGGAAAUGCGCAGACGUGUCACAGGGCGACCGUUACCUUAUGCUUUACCAAGUUGUUGAUCUAGCUGCCUUCAAUGCGAAGUUCCACAGCCUUUCGACAAGCGACGAUCUGUUACCUACAACAACUUCAAGAGAAAAUAAAAGAGUCGCGAGCAUAGAAGCCUAUGCAACAUUCUACAGCCUAGCGGAAACCGUUGGGAAGCACGAGGAUGGAGAAGGUGAUGCGCAUCGUUUAACGCACAUCAUCACCGCUGGAAUGCAGCCACAAACCUCUGAGUCGUCUGCAGAGCUGGACAGAUGGUACCGCGAGGAGCACAAUGAGCAGAUGUCAAAGGAGCCCGGGUGGACACGAUCCAGACGAUAUAGACUCGCGAAAUUGGAUAAGAAGGGGGGAAGCCCUACAAAACAUGAUGCUAGUGCUCCAGAAUGGAUGACAAUUCAUGAAUUCGGAGAUGGUAACUGCCUCAGUGAUCAGGUUGAACCCCUGGACCCAGUGACAGAUUGGACACGGAAGAUUAUGGGCGAUAUGGCAUCUAUUGAAGCGUACGUUUGGAAGAAUGCGCUUUCAUAG